GUGAACACGCACGGCUGCCCUCUGCCACCUAUGGGGGUGGCUCAGGGUCGGGGCCCCACCAGGAUCCCAGGGGGUGGCCGCUGGCAAUGCUGUGCCCUGGAGGCUGCUGGGUGAGGACAGACCCUGCUGGCCAGCAGGGGGUCUGGGGUCGCCCUCUGGGAGGAGAGCAGAGCAAAGGCUGCUCGCUCUCCUUGGGGGUCUCUGUGGGCCCCGAAGGCGUGGUGAGCGAGCGUGCAGUGGGUGUGGGGGUUCGCCCCCCACCUACCCAGUGGUCCUGUGGGGCAGGGGCUCUGCACCUCUGCCCUCCUCCAGCACCCUCCACCCCCCCAAAUUGUUGAUCGUUUGGGCCACGCACUCCCUGCUCACAUUCCUGCUCCUGGCUCUAAAGGGGAAAACUUGUCAAGGACAUUUUGACAAAUGGGUCACAGGCCACACUUUGUAGCACUGGUGAGAAGAAGAUAGAUAGGCAGCUGAGCCGGAACAGAAGGGGCUUUGAGGAGGCUGCCGGCCUGCCCGGGCUCACAGCGGGCACUGGCCCCCAAGGUCACAUCCCUGAAGGAGAUAGGGGCCGCCUUCUGGCACAAACAUUCUUGCUCCCCCAUAUAAGCUGGGGCAGCCCGGCCUCUCCAAGCUCCCAUGAUGCAGGGUCCACCUCUCUCUCAGCUGGCCCUGGUGCUGUUGGCAGUGGGGGCCCUGCUGGGGGCCAGGACCCUCAGGGGAGAGGUCCCCAGCACCCUGGCCCUGCCCAGGGAGCCAACCCCAGGCGGCGGAGGCGGAGGGCUCAUCUUGCACCAAGACUGGGACUGGCCACCCCCUGGUGUCUGGCCACCAGGCAGCCCUCGGGACCCCCUGUGCCUGGUGACCCUGGAUGGGGGUGGCAACAGGAGCAGUGCUCCCCUGCGGGUGGUGGGGGCCCUGAGCGGCUACGAGCGGGCGUUCCUAGAGGCUGUGCGGCGCGCCCACUGGGGGCCCCGGGACCUGGCCACCUUUGCAGUCUGCCCCCCGAGAGACGGGCAGCCCGCCCUGCCCCAUCUGCAGCAGCUGCAGGCAUGGCUUGGGGGGCCCGGGGGGCGGCGGCUGGUGGUCCUGCACUUGGAGGAAGUGACGUGGGAGCCGACACCCUCGCUGAGGUUCCAGGAGCCUCCACCUGGAGGAGCCAGCCCCGAAGAGCUGGCGCUGAUGGUGCUGUACCCAGGGCCUGGCCCGGAGGUCACCGUCACCGGGGCCGGGCUGCCCGGCGCCCAGAGUCUCUGCCUGAGCCGGGACUCCAGCUACCUGCCCUUGGUUGUGGGACGCCCCGAGGCGGCCUGGCGCGGGCCUGGGCUCGCCCUGACCCUGCGGCGCCGCGGAAACGGUGCGCCACUGAGCACCGCCCAGCUGCAGGCGCUGCUGUUCGGCGCCGACUCCCGCUGCUUCACACGGAUGACCCCGGCGCUGCUCCUGCUGCCGCCGCGGGGUCCCACGCCGAUGCCCGCGCACGGCCAGCUGGACUCGGUGCCCUUCCCGCAGCCCAGGUGCGCGCGGGCCCGGCCCUGGGGGCGCGGGGAGUGGGGGGCGGCGCAGCCUUGCGCCCUCACGAUCCCCCACUCUGCCGUCCAGGCCGUCCCCAGAGCCCGAGGAGGCGCCGCCCAGCGCCGAUCCCUUCCUGGAGACGCUCACGCGCCUGGUGCGCGCGCUGCGGGGACCCGCGUCCCGAGCCUCGCCGCCGCGUCUGGCCCUGGACCCGGGCUCGCUGACCGGUUUCCCGCAGGGCCAGGUCAACCUGUCGGACCCCGCGGCGCUGGAGCGCCUGCUCGACGGCGAGGAGCCGCUGCUGCUGCUGCUGCCGCCCACGGCAGCCACCCCCGGGGUCCCCGCGCCACUGCAGGGUCCGGCGUCCGCGCUGUGGGCCGCGGGCCUAGCGCGCCGGGUAGCCGCCGAGCUUCAGGCGGCGGCCGCGGAACUGCGCGGCCUCCCGGGGCUGCCGCCCGCCACCACCCCGCUGCUGGCACGCCUACUGGCGCUGUGCCCGGGGAACCCGGUCGGCCCCGGCGGUCCGCUGCGCGCGCUGCUGCUGCUGAAAGCGCUGCAGGGCCUGCGCGCCGAGUGGCGCGGGCGGGAGCGGAGCGGGUCGGCACGGGCGCAUCGCAGCGCCGGCACCGCGGCCACCGACGGGCCGUGCGGGCUGCGCGAGCUGAGCGUGGACCUCCGCGCCGAGCGCUCGGUGCUCAUCCCGGAGACGUACCAGGCCAACAACUGCCAGGGCGCGUGCGGCUGGCCGCAAUCGGACCGCAACCCGCGGUACGGCAACCACGUGGUGCUCCUGCUGAAGAUGCAGGCCCGCGGCGCCGCCCUGGCGCGCCCGCCCUGCUGCGUGCCCACGGCCUACGCCGGCAAGCUCCUCAUCAGCCUGUCCGAGGAGCGCAUCAGCGCGCACCACGUGCCCAACAUGGUGGCCACCGAGUGCGGCUGCCGGUGACCCCGCGCCGUGCUCCGGCCGGCCCAUAUUUAUUCGGACCCCUUCAUCGCUCCCAAUAAAGACCAGAAA